GAGCCGUGCACUCUGCCUGAUAAAUAGGACUACCAGUCCCUGGAUGAAGUGCUUGGGAAACCCUUCAAUGCCCUAGUCAGCUGCCAUUUCAAAGAAAAGAAAAUAGAUGGUUUGGGAAAGUCCACGCUGUUCCUUCACUGAAUUUUAGAAUGAUUGAAGAUAGUGGGAAAAGAGGCAAUACCAUGGCAGAAAGAAGACAGCUGUUUGCAGAGAUGAGGGCCCAAGAUCUGGAUCGUAUCCGACUCUCCACCUACAGAACAGCAUGUAAGCUGAGGUUUGUUCAGAAGAAAUGCAAUUUGCACCUGGUGGACAUCUGGAACGUCAUAGAAGCGUUGCGGGAGAAUGCGCUCAACAACCUGGACCCGAACACAGAACUCAAUGUGGCCCGCUUGGAGGCGGUGCUCUCCACCAUUUUUUACCAGCUCAACAAACGGAUGCCAACCACUCACCAAAUCCACGUAGAGCAGUCCAUCAGCCUCCUGCUCAAUUUCCUGCUUGCAGCCUUUGACCCGGAAGGCCAUGGUAAAAUCUCAGUGUUUGCUGUCAAAAUGGCGUUAGCCACACUGUGUGGAGGGAAGAUCAUGGACAAAUUACGAUAUAUUUUCUCUAUGAUUUCUGACUCCAGUGGGGUGAUGGUCUAUGGGCGGUACGACCAGUUCCUGCGAGAAGUUCUCAAACUCCCCACAGCAGUGUUUGAAGGCCCUUCCUUCGGUUACACAGAACAGUCAGCCCGAUCCUGUUUCUCUCAACAGAAAAAAGUCACAUUAAAUGGAUUUUUGGACACACUCAUGUCUGACCCUCCCCCCCAGUGCCUGGUCUGGUUGCCCCUUCUGCAUCGACUGGCAAAUGUAGAAAAUGUCUUCCAUCCAGUUGAGUGUUCCUACUGCCACAGUGAGAGCAUGAUGGGAUUCCGCUACCGCUGCCAGCAGUGUCACAACUACCAGCUCUGUCAGGACUGCUUCUGGAGGGGACAUGCCGGCGGUUCCCACAGCAACCAGCACCAAAUGAAAGAGUACACAUCAUGGAAAUCCCCUGCUAAGAAGCUAACGAAUGCGUUAAGCAAGUCCCUGAGCUGUGCUUCCAGCCGAGAGCCCCUGCACCCCAUGUUCCCCGAUCAGCCCGAGAAGCCCCUCAACCUGGCGCACAUCGUUGAUACUUGGCCUCCCAGACCUGUCACCAGCAUGAAUGACACCCUCUUCUCCCACUCUGUCCCCUCCUCAGGAAGCCCUUUUAUUACAAGGAGGGUACAGUACAGCCUCAAUGUGGCAGACAGACUAGCUGACGAACAUGUUCUCCUCGGGUUGUAUGUCAACAUGCUCCGGAACAACCCGUCAUGUAUGCUUGAUGGCUCGAACAGACUUGAUGAAGAACACAGGCUGAUCGCCAGGUAUGCUGCAAGGCUGGCAGCAGAGUCUUCCUCGUCUCAGCCGAGUCAGCAGAGAAACGCUCCUGACAUCUCCUUCACCAUUGAUGCAAAUAAGCAACAAAGGCAGCUGAUUGCAGAACUAGAAAACAAGAACAGAGAAAUCUUACAGGAGAUCCAAAGGCUACGGUUAGAACAUGAGCAAGCUUCGCAGCCCACCCCAGAGAAGGCGCAACAAAACCCCACUCUGCUGGCAGAACUCCGGCUCCUCAGGCAGCGCAAGGAUGAGCUGGAACAGCGGAUGUCUGCUCUCCAGGAGAGCCGGAGGGAGCUGAUGGUGCAGCUAGAAAGCCUCAUGAAGCUACUAAAGUCCCAAGGGGCAGGUUCUCCGCGUUCCUCUCCCAGCCACACCAUCAGCAGGCCAAUCCCCAUGCCCAUCCGGUCAGCGUCUGCCUGCUCCACCCCGACGCACACGCCUCAGGACUCUCUUACCGGGGUUGGGGGAGAUGUACAAGAGGCCUUUGCACAAAGUUCAAGAAGGAAUUUAAGGAAUGACUUGCUGGUGGCAGCAGACUCCAUCACGAAUACCAUGUCCUCUCUUGUGAAAGAGCUCAAUGCCGAGGUGGGAAGUGAAAGGGAGAGCAACGUGGAUUCGGAAUUCGCCAGGACUCAGUUUGAGGAUCUGGUCCCUUCGCCGACCUCUGAGAAGGCCUUCCUCGCCCAAAUCCACGCCCGAAAACCCGGGUACCUGCACGGCGGGGCUGCCACAAGUACCCUGCGCACUGACAUUGUUACAGAAGAUGGGGACCCCUACGUGCGGCCCGAGGAUGAGAACUUUGAAAAUGACUCCGUCCGGCAGCUGGAGAGUGAACUCAAGAUGGAAGAAUACCUGAAGCAGAAGCUGCAGGAUGAAGCCUAUCAGGUACCAGAGUUCCAGGCCACAGCCCCACCCACCCUUCUUCAGAACUAGGACCUUGACAUGACUCACAAGAUCAGUGCCUUCUCCUUCCUCUACCCUCCCCUUCCAGAAUAUUCAGUUUGCCCUCCUUAUGCUAGGCCUUCUAGGUAGAAGACCUUUUCAAUAGUUCCUCUAGGGGGCACUCACUAGGUGCCCUCCUAAAUUCUCAUCUUGAAACGAAAAGAGGCCUUGUGUCCUGAGCAGAGCCAUAGUGACUGACAGUUCCGACUCCCCCAGGACCGUGAAGAAAGAUAGAUUCUUUCCUCCUAGAUUAAAAAGAAACACAUGACAAGGACAUUGACUAAGCAUAAUGACUUCACUGCCCUUGUGAGGGAGAUGGUUGCAGUAAUAUGUCUCAAAGCCUCCAUCCUCUUCCGCACUCCAUGCCCCCCUCAUGCCACAUGUCCAUGUGAGAGUGGCGAACCUCAGGAAGAAAUGCUGAGUCACACAGUAGUGAAUAAGGUCCUUCUUAGUUACUUCCUAUUAGAGAUGGACCAUGUAAAUGGCUCUUUUGGAUGGACAGGUUUUUCGGAAUUCAGGUCCUUGCAUUUGUAAUGGAUUUGUAAUGGAUUUCUUCACUCCUGCUGAAAGCGAUGCCAUGACUCCCUGACAAGUGUGUCUACUGCCUUGGGUGUCUGUCUCGUAGGUCUCUCUGCCCUUGAAUCCACAGGGGCUUCGUUAGGGUUCUGGGGGUGCAGGAGGUUUGCCUGUUCAGACCUGCUCUUCUCCAGGCCUGUGGGUUCUUUCAUCCGGGCAAGCUUUGUCUUCGAGGUUCUCCAUUUUCUUAGGGUGUUGGUGGCCCUCGGGCUCUGGGAGUGAAAGAACAGGAGCACACAUGAUCUUUAUGUCUCAGAUGUUUACCAGUUAAGCCUUGAAGCCCUUUCUUAAGGAGAAUUGUAGAAGAGAGGGCAGAUGACACCCCCCAUCCCACCUCAACAGUAUCAACCACAAGUGGGCCUCUUCGAAGUAUUUUCCAUUCACCUUUGCAGUUUUAAGAGCCACGGUCAGACGCACUAAAAUGGUGGCCUUGUCAUUACAAACAUCACAUAAGUAAUGGAGACUAUACAGGGAAAAGGAGCCCAAUCGUGUAGUAGGUUACCCAUUGGACUACUAACCUUUUGGAAACCAUUAGCUGCCCCAAAGAUGAAGGGGGAGGCGUUCUCCUCCCGGAAAGAGUUGGUCUCAGUCUCACUGGAGUAGACUCUGACCUAUAGGAUCACUAUGAGUCGGACUUGACUCAAUGGCAGCAGGUGCAAAUGGUUAGCACGUUCGUCUGCUAACCAACAGAUUGGCAGUUUGAGUCCACCCAGAAGCACCUUGGGGGAAACUGGUGAUUGAUUUCUGAAACAUCAGCCAUUGAAAACCCUGUGAAGCACAGUUCUACACUGACACACCUGGCGCCGUCAUGAGCUGGGGUCAACUCAGUAACAGCCGGUUUGACAUAGGAACGCCAUGUUCCACUGAACUGCAAAAUCUCUCAAGGUCUCCUGACACAGGCACUCAGUGGAAAGCACUCUUAAUUUGCAACCUCUGAGAUUCAUCCACAAAGGGAACUGGCAUGGAACAAAAACUGCCAACAUCUCUGGGGAGAUUGAGAGAUGACACUCCUACCUGGCCUCCUUCGUUCCUUGCUGCACGGAGGGCGUUGUGGCGAUGGGUGAGUCAUCAGGGCUCUACUUCACGCUGUGCAAGGCACCAAUUAGGACUCCCUCCGGGAGCUCAGAUCAGUGUCUGGAUUUUGAUGGUAACAACCCUAAAAUUCUGUAAGUUUUGUGAGUUUGUUUUUUUCUCAAGGAGCGGCCUCCCUCUUUCACCAUUUCGUACAAAAUGAUGGAUUUUAUUUGUCUUCAUGGACUAGGAAUUUAACUUUACCUGAGUAAAAUUAAAGGGAAGUUCGAUUUGGAGGUUCAGCCUCACCUGGGAAAUCUUCCGCUCCUUCUCUCUCUCCUUUCCCUUCCUUGCUCCAUGACUUCAGGGGCCAAGGGCAGGGCAGGGGCUUUGAAGUCAAGGAAGUGGGAACAGUAAUGGGCCUGUGUCUCGAGAUGUGUUCCCUGGAGGUGGAGAUGGUUGCCCUGGGUACCCUGUAGGCCGAUCGUUGUUUGAUGGAGCGGAAGGCUGCCUUCAUCCAUGAUGCUUUCACUCUGUCUUGUGCAUGGCUUUCAGCCAAAUAAUUCACCAGCUUGACUGCUUCACAGACUUGACAUGUCACCUUUCUUGUUUGUGUCCUCUGUCACCCACAGGUCAGCUUGCAAGGUUGAAUGCAAUGUCCUUUUAUCACUCUCCUCUCAAGCAAGCUCUAGUCAGACAGAUGCUGAACGUAACCCGGCAGCCGGUGACGCUGGAGAGUGCUGUCCCCGCCCAGGAGGAAGGCCGCAGCCUGGCAUCAAGCUCGCCUGGACAGAGGCACCACCCCACGCAGCCGCUCCCGACAACCCCCAGCCCCUAAAGAUAUGGUCUGCUGACUCUAGGCCAGCUAACAUUUUGUUCUAAGAUGUGUAGUUCAUAGGUGUGUGUCUCGAGAAGGGGGUGGGGGGAAGACUUUUGUUUCAAGCUAACUUUCUCAGCUCCAUCUUGUCACCCGACUCAUCCCUGGUAAAGAGCAGAGGCCAACCCCGGCGCUGCUGAUAGACAUGAUGGCAGUAUUAACCCGCAUUUCCAACCUUUGCACAUACUGUUGAACCUGGCCCGUUGACAAGGAGAAUCUUAAUACUGUUUGUAGCUAGAUGUUUGCUUUCUGAAUUCUUUGAGAUUUUAGCAAAACCAGUUAUUAUACACUGUACCUUUUUUUUUUUUUUCCCACAGCAAUUGAGGGAAAACAACCCCUUGCCAUUAGUCGCUCACCCUGAAGGUUUGGGGUUCGUGAGUGUACUGACUCAGAGUCCUGAGGCCAAGGAGAGUUUUUGGCCUGCAGUUCACACCGAGUCUCCGUGAGCAGAGACUUGAACUCGGCACCCCAGGAGCAUCCUUCUUUGGGGCUCCUUUCGCACUCGGCGGUUGUUUUCUUUCAAGACGCUCUAACAAAUCAGCCAUAGAAUUUAGUGUAAAUAUUCUUUUCCAAAUAGAGAUCAUAUUCAAAAAAAAAAGGCAACAUUCAAAGUAUAUAGAAUCUAGUUUUUCAAAUCAGCACAGAUCUUCUGAAAACUGUGAACUAUGUUUUGAGAUACUCGUUACUAAAGCUGUUUAUAAACCACAGGUGCCAUACGAUUCCCCAAACCGACUGAAGGGAUCUAUGCUCUUCCAUGGUCUUUCCUCUCGUCGUCGUAGCUUUAGGGAGCAUGUCUUUAACCACACCGCCCAGCCACCCACCACUUCCCCUAUCACGUUGUUUGGAGGCCUUCAGCUUUAAAUGUACAGGCUUAAAGUGCGCUUGCAAAUGUUCGCUCUUUUCAUUUCUGAAUGUCGAUUGCCUUAGCUGGCCACCUGGUGUUCUGCAUGCCGCCUUCUGUGGUCCUGUGAGAAGAGGCAGGCUCUUCGGAGUUGAGUUGGGAUUUCUGCACUCGGUAAGAAGCUGACGUGCAAAAGGAGGUGGACGAAAGACUCUGCAGAUGGUCUUUUUGUCAAGGGUCCUGUUAAGGGAAGCCAAAAGAUCAUCCUUGGAGAUUCUGGGGGAAGUAAAAAAUAGUCUUCGACUUCUUCCAAGAUUUCGAGAGAGGGAAAAGGAAACUGCCCUGGUUUUGAUGUGUCCUGUUGCAAUGAUGAGCUCCAGAAUGCCUGUCGCUCCUGUCAAAGAGAGGAGGUCCCUUUGGAGCAGUGCUUCUCAAAGGGUGGUCUCCGGACCCGCCGCAGCAACAUCCCCUGGGAAUUUAUUACCAAUGCAAUUUCUUAGUCGCCCACCCCCUCCCCUAGUGUCCCCCCCACCUCCCCGGGCCUACUAAGUUAGAAGCUCUGAAAGUUGGGCCCAGCAAUCUGUUUUAAUAAAUCUUGCAGGCGGCUCUGAUGCACCUGGUUUUAAAAGAAAGUCGUAGAAUCAAGUCUCUGGACAGGCCUUAAGGUCUUAUUCAGAAUCAGAAAGAAAGGUUCUGAAUCACCCUCAAAGCUUCAGAGAUUAGAUUUUGCUUCCAGAACCGGCAAAGACUUUCCUCAGCUGGCGGGCAUCCAGCUGAGAGCAGGGGUCGUGACCAAACAUCUUCUGGCUCUCUCCGGAGGGCAGAAGUAUGUUGGUGUCUCUGCACUGGAUCAAAGCUCAUCUCCUCGGCAGCCCUUUUGGAACCAAAUCGCUUGCCUUGGGGACUUGCCCUUGGUUUCUAUUGAUAAGGAGCUCAGCCUGCCCCUUGAUGGACUCCGCUCUCCUUCCCUCCAGAGAACCAGCCUGACAAGCAUCCCCUAAGCGCAGGCUGACACCAAAGUGGCACGACUGCACAGUUCUCAGAUUUCUUUGCACAGAUGUAUUUUGUGGGUUUUGUUGGUGUGUCUUAACGUUCAUCUCUUUUCCACUGCCCAUCCUCCGUGAAACCAUACCUCUCUCGAUGGAGCAAGUGGCCCUUGGUGCCUCCUAGUCAAUACUUAAAACCACUACACCCCGACGACCUGCAUUGCUAUCAGCUCUACAUCAGAGGCAGGGGGUUCCUGAAACGGGACAUCAGACCCCAUGGCUGGCCUCCUGCCACAGACUGGACGGAGCUGAUAUUCAUGGUCACUUUGUGUUUCUGCAUCCAAACGUGUGUUUCAGGUUAACCCUGGCUAGCUGGUAACCUUCCCUCCUGUCAUAACUGCCAUUGCCAACUCCAUUGUACAACACCAUGGCAAGGACUCUGGGAACUGCUGCCCAUGACCAAGUUCUGACUAACCAGCCGCCUUUUCUUUCCCGUAGCUCCGCGUCAGCACUGAGACCAGACUCAAGCACCCCUGUCCUGUAACCAAGACAAAAUGGCGUGUGUUGUUUUGGUUUUUCGUGGUUUUGGGUGGGUUUCUUUCCUUGGCUCUCCAGAUUUACUUUUGGGGCCUGAUCUAAGUGCAAAGCCAUCAGGUUUCACCUGCCCAUGAGAUUCAACUCCAUCUUCCGAUGGUGGUUUCUGGCUUAUUCCACAUUGAAUUGCACAUCCAUUUCCAUCAGAGAUGCUGGCCUAUUAGUGAGCACUGGUCUACCGCAGCAAACCCUCCCCCAAAGCACCAGGUUAAGAGGGGCAGGGUGAGAUCUACUGUAUGGGAUUCAGAAUCAGUUGUGGUUGGUCAGGAUGGAAGUUGGGGUAAGUUUGGUUGGUCAGAGGGAGAUGUGCUGGAGAUUGUGAAAAACAAUGGGUUCUUGAAUGAUCGACACUAAGACAGGGAAGGUUCGUUUGUAAGUGGUAAUGUGAGCUGAAUUGCAUUAAGAGUGUGGCCUUUGUUGUGAUAUCCUAUGUAUUUUCUUAUAUGCAUGAGCCAAACUCUUGCAGCAUAAUUUAGCACUGGUGUCUGCUUUUAUUUUGAUCAUCUUUGUCCACUCUUAUUAGUUCUUGGCUGUUAACUGUAGAUAGACCUUGUAAAUACGGCAACCUGUGGUUGCUGCAAAACUCACCUUGGUUCAAAUCCCUAGUAAGGAGCCACAGAAAAACUCCACUGUGUCCUCAGAAGAAAAGGCAUUUUUACUUUUGAACCAAAAAGAGGGGCGGGGUGGGGGUGGGGCCAAUUGGAAGCAUUGUAUCAUGAGGCUAACUAACUGUAAGACCUUUUUAAUUAUGACUACUGUAAUUUGACACCUUUUAAAAUAACCAAUUCAGAGACACUACAGAGUUCACAACAUUCAUUGGUAUCGUAACAAAACUACUAUUGUAUGGGUUUUUGGUUUUUUUUGUAUUGCUGUUAAGUAUUGUUUUGUGUGUAUGUGUGUGUGUGUUGGAACCUACUGGGGACAUGUUAUAUUUUGAAGUGAUUAAACUAUUUAAUUGUGUGUCUAUAUUUUGGAAUGGAAUUAUUUCUUCAUUAAAAAGGUUUUUUAAAACA